GUUUCGUUUCUCAGGGAAUGGAAGCAAUGACCGUCAUGUAAACAGCAGGGGGAGCAGAAGACUCUGAAGGGAGGAGGGAAAUUUUCUUAUUUCCAGGAUUUAUUUAUUUUUUUCGGUAGGCAUCAUAUUUAAAGCCCAGACUUAACAUCGGACGUUCAGAAAUCCCAAACCAUGGGUCUCUUAACUAUCGCAGCAGCUUCGGCUCUCGGUGCUGGUGGGGCGGUGGUAGCAGCCCCGGUGGUGCUGGGAGCCAUCGGGUUUACCAGCGUGGGGAUAGCGGCGGGGUCGUAUGCAGCAUCCAUGAUGUCUGCGGCCGCCGUCGCUAAUGGGGGCGGCGUGGCAGCAGGGAGCGCGGUGGCUGUCCUGCAGUCAGUUGGAAUGGCUGGAAUGGGGGCAGCCGCCACAUCAGCUGUGGCCGGUGCGGGAGGGGUGCUUACAGGACUUGCGGCCCUCAUUUUUUAAGACGCACAUCAUUCAUAUGACAAUUUAAAAAAAACUUUCCAAAUGAAAAUCAAAUUGAACUCAAGGCAAACAAUGUUGUUAAAUGAAUGAUUCUAAAUAAAAGCAUUCGAGAUGUAUUUACUGAG